UGCAGAGGAAGCUCAGGUGCAACUUGUGGAUGACUGCUGCACGUGAGAAAAGGUGUAGCAAAGCCAGGAUCACUCUGCAUAAGCUGUGGUGGGCAGGAUUUAGGCAAACAAGCAGCCCCCCCAGUGCCUUUCCUAAGAGUGAUCCAACUGUUGGGACACAACAGCAAUGCAGAUGUAGAGCGUGUGACCUCCAUUUCUUCUGCCAACCCAGCUGAUGCUGGAUUCCUCCAACUCAUUAAGGUUUGAGCUGUCCUUUGACAAAAUCCUCAAAAUUGACUGUAGGGUGUACAUGGAGUGCCUUGCCCCUUUCAUUGGCACCAAGUCCAAUAUACUGCUUCUGACCAACCCUGCCUGUCCUUCUCCACCUUCCUUGGCGCCUGCAUCUCCUACUGGUGCAAGCAGUGGGGCAUGUGGGGAUGUCUUCACUCACUGAGAUAGGACCUUGCAGCCAACCAAGACGUGAGUCCCCGCCACCUCCUCCAGUGAUAGUGGGUGCCCUCCAUUUGUGGAGAUUUUACUGCACAGCACGCAGUAGCCCAUGUUCCCCCAAGCCAGCAGGCAGGCACAGGGAGCCUGGUGGCCCAUUGCCCUGGGACAGGAUGCAGGGGUCCUCAGGCACAGACAUGACCCCAGUAUCACGGGUGGAAGUCCCUGCAAGCAUGCUGCCUUAGGGAUUAAGGUCCAUGUCUUUGCUGUGCACGCAUUCAAGCACUGGCAGUGGAGUGAGCAUGAGUAUAAAGGUCAGUGGUGCAGCAGUCCUGUGAGCAGGGCCGGGCAGAAUUCCACUUUGCCCUUAAAUCCAUGCUUGGAGAAGCUCCAAAAGAAGAUCGGAUGAGCCCUAAGCAGAAAAGGCACAGUGAAAGUUUGCUCUGAAUUCCUUUCUGGCUGCAUUUUGCGUGUUGUCAAGACAGCCGGCCAGCGGGACUGGCGUCGGGGCAGGUGAGUUUGGGGGUUUUAUGGAGAUGGAGUGGUGACUGGCUUGAAGGCACACUCACUUUGCUAUAUGGGUUUUGUGCCUGUUCCUGUGGCACAGAGCUGCAGCUGGACGAGAGCAUCUGUGGGUGUACUUGAGUCCCUUGCUUCUCCCCGGUCAUUUUCUCUGGAUUUCUGCACUAUCCUCCAGCUCCUAUCUAAGUUAAUUUAAUCUUCAAUGUAAAAUUGGAUGAAAGCAAGUUAUAAAUGAAUCUUUCUUGAGACUGCAUGAGUCUGCAGAGAUUCGUUCUUUUCAUUUCUCUGAUUAUGCUGGUUUCAGUGCAGCUCAGUUUACACAGCUGAGCUUGCACUUCCUCCCCUGAACCCUGCCUCGCCUGGGUUUCUCGCCUUGCAUGUUUUGUAAUGCAAGCAGCACUUUCACAACACUGCGCAACUUCUGAAUCGCCGCUUCAUGCCCCCACCCCAUCAGGCAUCGUGGCAGUUUUUUUCCUAAAGCCUUUUUCUUUCCUACUUAAUGGAAAUUAAAUACAAAAGCACAAAAGCAAGCCAUGGGGGUGGGAGGAAAAGUGCUGUGUUUUUGCUGAUUCCUGCUCUCCUCAUUUCCUUGUUGGUCACUCUCCAUCCCCUUGCUGCCAACAGAACACCAUGGUGCGCCGAGUGGCCGUCAUCGGGGCCGGGGCCAGUGGGCUGGUGGCCACCAAGUGCUGCCUGGAUGAGGGGCUGGAGCCCACCUGCUUCGAGAGAAGCGAGGACAUCGGGGGGCUGUGGCGCUUUGCAGACAACGCAGACUGCGGGAGGGUCUGUGUGUACCGCUCCAUCAUCAGCAACACCUCCAAGGAGAUGUCCUGCUUCAGCGACUUCCCCUUCCCGGAGGAUUUCCCCUGUUUCCUCCCUCACAGCCUCUUCUUGGAGUAUUUCCGCAUGUAUGCUCAGCACUUCCAGCUCCUGAGGCACAUCCGCUUCAAGACAACAGUUAUCAGUGUGAGGAGGCGCCCGGAUUUUGCCACCUCAGGCCAGUGGGAUGUGAUCACUGAGACAGAGGGCAUCCAGGAGUCGCACAUCUUUGAUGCUGUCAUGGUCUGCGCAGGAAACUUCCAGAACCCCCACUUGCCCUUGGCUUCUUUCCCAGGUAUUGAGACCCGCUUCAGAGGUCAGUACUUCCACAGCCUGGAAUACAAAGAUGCAGCUGCUUUCCAGGGAAAGCGGGUCCUCGUGGUUGGCAUUGGGAACACCGCCUGUGAUAUUGCUGUGGAUAUGAGUCAUGUGGCUGCAAAGGUGUUUCUCAGUGCCAGGAGCAGCACGUGGGUGUUCAGCCGGGUGGCAAACCAUGGCUUCCCCUGGGACAUGCUCAGCACCACACGCUUUAAUCACUUUCUCGAAUGGCUUCUCCCAUCAGCCAUCAUGAAAAGGAUCAAGAUUUGGAAGAUAAAUUCAUGGUUUAACCACGAGAUCUACGGCUUGGCUUCUGCUAAAAGUUCCAAUUUUAAUUUCAUUAUCAAUGAAGAUCUGCCAUUUUGCAUGCUCUCUGGAACCAUUGUGCUGAAAUCGAAUGUGAAGGAGUUCACUGAAACUUCCGCCAUUUUUGAAGACGGAACCACUGAAGAGAACAUCGAUGUGGUGAUCUUUGCCACAGGCUACAAAUUUUCAUUUUCCUUCCUUGAAGAGUCGAUUUGCAACCCACUCAAAAAUAAUCGUACCCUCUAUAAAUGCGUCUUCCCACCCCAGCUGGAAAGGCCAACCCUGGCUAUCAUUGGUUUGAUCCAGCUGACUGGCGCUGUGAUGGUGGGAGCAGAAAUCCAGGCUCGCUGGGUGACAGGAGUCUUUGCAGGUGGGAGAGGGACUGCAGGGAUAGAGGAGGUGCUGGGGAGGGAGGACAGGUCAACUUGCUGCUCUUGGCACCGUGCUGGGCAUCACCACGCUCAGUGUUUUUGUCUGGUCUCUUUACUCUUCUCAGGUGCAUGCAAACUCCCUCCCAGCAGCAAGAUGAUGGCUGAAGUCUUGAAAAAACAGUUGCCAGUCAAAAGGUGUGUGAUGCUCCUGUACUUGGGCUAUAGUGUGAUAUGCCUUUGCUUUUCGGUCCCUUCAUGUCACCCUACAGCAGCCCGAAGGAGCUCAGCCAACAUGUGGUUAUUGCGACGUGGUGGCUCUUGCGAGCCCAGAGCUGCGAACCAAAAUGGGAACAUAACAUUCUGUUUGAUUUUCUGUAUUGAUUCUAUGCUCCAUGGAAGGGAUGUGUCUGAGAAGCAGAACUUGAGGUUGAAUUUCGUUAGUUACACCAGCGAGAUUGCUUCGUGUGCCGGUGUGAAGCCCAGCAUGCUGCGGCUGCUCCUGACCGACCCCUGGCUGGCCCUGGCUGUCUUCUUCGGGCCCUGCACAUCCUACCAGUACCGCCUGAUGGGACGGGGGCAGUGGAGCGGGGCCAGGGCUGCCAUCUUGACGCAGUGGCAGCGGGUCUUGAAACCUUUGAGAACUCGGGUGUUGGAGGACAGCGCUUCCUCACGCUCCUGGCACUGGCUGGGCCUCCUCGCCCUGCCCACAGCACUGGCAGUAGGGUUCCUCCUCUCCAAAUAUCCCAAGCUGAGGUGGGCUCCCCGUGUAGGACUUAUGUUCUAGAAGAGCCCU